AUGGAAAAAAAACUAUUUCCCAUUGAUGAAGUAUCCGAUGAACGGACCGAAAAAAUCGAACUCAAAGCGAUAAAAAAUUAUGAAAACAUUAAAGAAGAUAAAUAUUUCGAAUCGCAAACAAUUUUGUCAGGUAAAUGGUUCUUCCAAAAAAUGAUCCAAAAAGGUAGCCCACAUUGGCAAUACUAUUCUGGAACUUUUACUAGCUAUUCUGCUUUUAAACAACGCCGAGAGACAUCAAAAACUCUAAACGUGACUAAGAAACCGGAAUCUCGGACCUCAGAAUUUUUUAACAAAUUUAGGAACAGAUUUUGGUCUAAGAACAGGGUUCAAUGCAAGCCAAAUGAUACAAAUUCCAAAUUAGGAACUGGCCAAAACAAUUAUGAAACAAUAAAGUGUCCUCAUUGCUACGUCCUUUAUAGUAGUAAGGAUCAUAUAAUACUUAAUGACGAAUCUUCUUGCAAUUAUUUUAAGUUAUACGUUAGAAACUAUACGUUACCUCAUAAUAUUGCAUUUAAUAAAUCACAUAAUAAUAGUGACAAUACACUAACACACUUUGGUGAGGAUGUUAAAAUUAUUAAAUUGUUCAGUUCCAAUUACACAAGGGGUGAAUUUUUACACAUUUUUCCGGAUUUUGGUUGGAGACUACUCAUUGACAACAACAUACUUACAAAAUCGAUCAAAUCGGUAGAUCCUGUAAAAAUUUUAUCUGUCAGCUUUUACAAAGAGUCUAGACGAAUGAAAUUCUCAACUUGUUUGGUAACAUUGGCAAUUAAUAUAUUCGUUAGGGCUGCACGAAUUGGUGCUAAAUUUGGUUUGAUAAAAUUGACACCACUUAUAGCUAAAAUGUUUCCAAAAUUAGAAGAAUCUGAGAAUGUUUUUGACGAAAUGGGACCAAAUAUACUAUAUAGUGAUUCCACAAAGCUAGGCCUAUUUUCUCCACAAAUCAGUCUUAGUAUCAACGAUACAAACAUGUUUUAUACGGCGUUUGGUCUACCUGAUUAUGGAUGGAGAUUGUACAAGAAAUCAACACUAUCUAAUCAUUUACAAAAUGGUUGUUCAUCUAGAGUGGCCAAGUCAACACGUUACCCCAAUGCUUUGUUUUACCAAAUGCAACUUUGUGAUGGGUUCAUAACCUCAGUAGACAUAGCAUCAUACGCUAUAAACAUGACAGAACUGCUUUACAGGCUGGAAGCUUGGGAUUUGUCGCGAGAGAGAACACCGCAAAGUACAUAUAAUGUCGAAAUAUUACAUAGGGGUUAUAAUGAAUGUACUAUAAAGGAUAUAGAUGGCGCAACCUAUACGAUAAUACCAGAAGAAGUAAUACUCAACGUUUCAACAUUCUUGCAAUCAUCAUUUAUCACUCAGCCAUCACUUUUAUCCUGA